AUGGAAGCGAACGGGCCAGAGCGGCUUCAGCUGCCGAACGAAAGUUUUACUACCCAAAAAUCAAAACGAGUACAACUGAUGUCUGUUACUAAUCAAGCCUUGUUACAUACUGCAGUUGUGUACAUUCGUGGAUCCAACGGUGAACUUCAGAAAUGUCGUGCGGUUCUAGAUUCCUGUGCUAUGUCAACCUUCAUGACAACUGCUUGUGCACGUAGAUUGCGACUCAAAACAUUCUCGUCCAACGUAUCAGUUAUUGGAUUUGGUGGAACAGGAAAGAAAAUUCUGGAAGCUACUGUAGCUCAAGUCAAAUCGAAGUCGUCAUACUUCAGUUCCUUUGCUGAAUUUUUAGUGACCCCCAACAUAACCAGUAAGCUACCACUACAGAUGUUCGACAUCGCAAAUUGUAACAUUCCGGAGUGGAUAGAUUCUGCUGACCCACAGUUCAAUCAACCUGCUAAAAUAGACAUUCUCUUUGGCAUACUUGAGUGGGACAAAAUGGUUCUAAGCAAAACAUACAAGGUUGGAGAUGGGCUGCCUACUUUGAGACAAACUGUCUUUGGAUGGGUGGCCGGCGGCCAAGUAUCCCAACGCGGCAAUUACCCAGUGUUUUCUGAACAAGUUUGGUCGUCUGAAGAGUUAGCCGCUGAAGAUCAUUUCGUGUCCACUCAUCGCCGCGACAAACAUGGUCGUUACAUCGUGUCAUUGCCGUUUAAAAAUCCAGACGUAGAAUUGGGAGAUUCCAGUCAUAUCGCACAUCGUAGAUUUCUAAGGCUCGAAGCUCGUCUCGUCAAAGAUCAACAAUUGUACAACGAUUAUAAAGAAUUUAUGCAGGAGUACAUGGACAUGGGCCAUAUGAAACGUGUUGGCACCUACAAUCCAGCAGAUCCCGUACCAGAAGCUUGCUAUUUUAUGCCCCAUCAUGCUGUCGUUCGGCCGGAAAGCAGUACAACGAAAGUAAGGAUAGUUUUCGAUGCCUCUGCGAAAACGAGUAAUGGACAGUCGCUGAAUGACCAGCUUAUGGUAGGCCCAACUCUACAACCGCGUUUGAUUGACACUCUGCUCUCGUUUCGAACCUACAAAGUGGCAGUUACGUGUGAUGUUUCGAAAAUGUUCCGUCAAAUUAUUGUUCGUGAAGAUGAUCGUCAAUACCAACAAAUUCUCUGGAGGAGUGCCAUUAACGAGGAAAUUGGUAUUUACCAGCUUACUACUGUAACUUAUGGAACUGCUUGCGCUCCAUUUUUGGCUACACGUACACUUUUCCAAAUUUGUGAGGACGAAAGCGAGAAUUUCCCUCUAGCUGCUAAAUUCGGGAAAGGUUGGUUCUAUGUUGAUGACGCAUUGCUUGGAGCCGAAACAGAACAAGAGGUGCUUGAACUAAGAGAACAACUAAUCGGAAUGCUUGGAAAGGCUGGUUUUGAUUUACAUAAAUGGUGCUCGAAUCGAGUGAAUGUGUUGGCUGGUCUUCCCACAGUCAAAUUAGAACAAAAGGUUCUAUUCAGCGAAGAAGGUCGAACCAAAAACCAAACCCGACCAAGACGUUUUCUCCUUUGCAGUAUCGCCGAAAGCCUUUAG